GCCUGGUUGAGCUCCAGAGUAAGUUUCAAGGAGCAAGUAUAGUUUUGACUCAAUGAGCAUUGAAAUAAAAUAUGAGACUUGAGAAGCUUCCAAUUGGCUGGAGAGACAUCUGGGUAACGGUAGUGCUAUAUUGUUUAUUCAGAUCGGUACACCUGUACAAUCUGGAUUUGAAAAAUCCCGUCCAGUUUAAAGGGACAGCAGGAACAUAUUUUGGUUAUUCCGUAAUAUUGCACAGUGGUAAAGACAAAAAAUGGUUUGUGGUUGGGGCCCCAAAAGCAAAUUCUUCCGUCGAUGAGGUAACAGUAAAUCCUGGAGUUAUUUACAAAUGUGCAAUCGGCCAAAAUCCUGACCAGGAGUGCGAAGAAAUCGUUUUCGAUAAUGGGAACAAAUGUGGGCCAGAUUGUGUAGAAGAGAAAGAUAACCAAUGGCUUGGUGUUAGUUUGACAAGGCAACCAACUAAAGAUGGUUACAUACUGGCUUGUGCACAUCGCUGGAAAAAUAUACACUAUAUACAAAUUGAGAAAAGGCCACUUGGGCUGUGCUUUAAAAUUGGAAAUGACUUGCAGCCUUCUAAGGGUUCACCACUGAUACCAUGUUUUAAAGAAAAUCAACGGAACGCGAAUUACGAAGCAUUAUGUCAGGCUGGAAUAUCCAGUUUAGUGACUGAGGAUUUGAUCGUAAUGGGAGCACCUGGAUAUAAUUAUUGGACUGGAACAAUUUUCGUCAAAAACAAAGCGACAGAUUCUUUCUUCUAUUUUAAAGAUGAUGAUGCUGAUGUUACUGGAGGAAGCUAUCUUGGUUAUGCAGUUACUGCAGGACACUUUAUUAAUUCAAACAGCACGGAAAUUGUAGGAGGGGCACCACAACAAGAAAUGAUUGGCUAUGUUUACAUCUUUAAACAAGAUGGAAGGUCUUUGGAACCUAUUUUCAUGGCAAAGGGUAAACAGAUUGCUACAUACUUUGGUUCAUCGCUUUGUGCAUUGGAUCUCAAUUCAGAUGGCCUCUCGGAUUUGUUAGUGGGAGCACCCUUGUUCAGUGAUGUCAGAGAAGAAGGAAGGGUCUAUGUUUAUUUGAACAACGGAUUGGGCAAGAUGGAGCUUCACACUGAGCUGGUUGGAGGAAAUUCCUAUGUGGCAAGAUUUGGGGAAGUCAUCGUGGAUCUUGGAGACCUGGAUAAUGAUGGAUAUUCAGACGUAGCAAUAGGUGCUCCCCUCGAGGAUGAUCAACGAGGAGCGAUUUAUAUCUACAACGGCAGAGAGACAGGAAUAUCCAUGACCUUUUCUCAAAGAAUUCUUGGGCGACAGAUAAGUAAUGAAUUACGUGCCUUUGGCCACUCGAUAUCUGGAGGCAUUGAUGUAGAUGAUAAUGGUUACCCAGAUGUAGCAGUUGGUGCCUUUAUGUCAGAUACUGUGUUGUUACUCAGAAGUAGACCUGUGAUGAUUGUCGAAACCUUCCUCCAGUUGCCACCUUCAAUCAACCAGACACAGAUGAACUGCUUGGAGGACUGGAAGCCUGUUAAGUGCAUCAAUGUUACUGUCUGCUUUCGUAAUAAGGAAGAGAAGAUUGUUGGUUAUACAGUGUUACUUUACAACAUUAGUGCAGAUGUCAGUAGAAUGAUUGGAUUUCCUUCCAGAUUUAACUUUCCACCUGACGGCAGUACAGGGGAGAUUAUGCUUUAUCAUAAUACUACUACGUGUAACACACAUCAAGCAUUUAUGAGGGAAAAUAUCCGAGAUGUUUUCACACCGGUGGAAUUUGAGGUGACGUAUUCCCUGGGUAAUCACAUUUUAAAGAAUGAAUCCACAGACACUUUCCCUCCACUUCAGCCUGUUUUGCAAAAGAAUAAAAAUGGAACUAUUGGAGCCAAAAACAAGACACAUUUUGAACGGCUAUGUGCUUUUAAAGACUGUGCUGCUGACCUGCAAGUGUCUGGAAAACUGAUAAUGGAAGGGCACCAUGCAAACAAAUCUUACCUGGCAGUUAAGGAGGUGAAGAGAAUCAUUCUGAAUAUAGAUCUGUUCAAUGCAGGAGACAAUGCAUACUCAAGCACUCUUAACAUUAAAAUGCCCAAGGGUAUAAGUUUUGUCAAAACAGUGGAAAUGGUGGAGAAAUAUGUAAUUUGUCAUGUGACUGAAGAAGAAAAUUCAACGUUCCUGAAGUGCAGCAUUGGACAUUUGUAUAUGGACUCUCAAUCAAAGAUGGAAUUACACUUUUUUCUUGAUACCAGCAAGCUUACUGCAGAAGGAGACUUGAUCAUCACUAUUAAUACAACAUGUGAAAAUGAGCAGAAUCUGGAAUUACUUCAUGAUAAUUUUGUCACUCUUACUUUGCCCUUAAAAUAUGAGGUUGAUGUUACAGUAGAAGGGUCAGUGUUUCCUUCCCUAUUUUUGUACGAGGGAACCAUAGGCGAUGAUACAGGAACACUUGCUUUCUUUGAUUCACCUUGCGCAUACAAGGAUAUCACAUAUUCAUUUCAUGUAAUCAACAGGGGGAAUUACAUGGCUCCUGAUAUUGAGCUGAACAUUACACAGCCUAAUACAUUGGAAGGAAAUGACUUUGAUCUGUUUGAAAUUCUUCACAUAAAGGUGUUGGGUCCUAACCAUAGGGAGUGUUGGUUUGAGGAACAUUUGAAAAACUGUACUAACCUGCCUGAUGUAUCAGUACUUCAUCAAAUGUUUAACUUUGUCAACAAGUAUGGAACCAAAGAAUUGUCGUGCUCCAGACAUGGAAUUUCCUGUGUAAACAUUAGAUGCCAGCUUGGAGAUAUUGAAAGUAGGGAACGUGCAUCCAUACAUAUUGUUAUGAGACUCCACUAUGAACUUCUGGCGUCAGAUACUGCUGCGUCAACUCUGUUUUUUACCACUGCUGUUGCAUCAUCGGGAAGCAAUCUUGAUAUCAUUCAAAAAGGAGAUAUUAAAUCAACUGUUACGAUGGAGGCAUAUUAUAAUUUUAAACCAAAAAUUAAAGUAUUAAUGGGAAUUAUUAUCAGCGGUUUCCUCUUGAUAAUGAUUGCAUUUCUUCAUAUCAUAGCCUUAUUUUGGAAGUGUGGAUUCUUUAAAAGAAAACUGAAUGAUAGACUUGAAGAUGAGAAAAGGAACCAGCAAGAAAAUUGUAAACUGAUUGAAUUAAGUGAAUGACGACCUUCAAGUAGAAGAUGACUUUCAAAGAGACCAAAGAUAAUCUUUUAUCAUUUCUAAUAAUCUAAAAUAACAGUACCCUUAAAAAUCAGGUCAGCAUACUGUUGAGGUUUUGCCUGCCAAAUAUCCUUAGAGGCUUUGAUUAUAAAGCAAUGCUGGCAGUAGAGAUUUGCGUGGUCUUAAAGUAUGUCUUUAUGAAAUGUCUGAUAUUCAGACUUUUAAUUUGCUUACCUUCCCUAUUCUCGAAUCAAGAAAUGAAUCUGGUCUCUGAUCAUAUGAGUUCUGAUCUGGAAUAGUGUUGCAAAAGCAGAUAUCCCUGUGUCAUGGAAUCUGAAUAAGAUCAAGCUCUAUCGUGGGCUCCAUGCAGAAUGCUAGGAUGGAUUAGAGUGACCACCACUGGUGGCCCUGUAUAAGUACAAGACUGAUUUGCACAAGAGCUAAAUCCAGAUAGUUGCCUUUGGAAAUGUUGGUUUCAGCCUAUUUAACUCAACCUCAGGCUUAGCUCUGGAACCAACUCCCUUAUUUUACUUUUCCUAAUGUAGUUGAUGAGAGGUUCUCUCAUCAGUUCUCGUGGUAAAAAUAUUGAUCAAUUUAUCCUGAGGACAUUUUUACCAGGUAUAAAGAUACAUCUUUUUCAAGAACAUUGAACAUAUCUGUAACUGUGAAAUUGCAUGGGCAGUUACCAUGGAUUGUAAAUCAGUUACAGUUGGAGUACAGUGUUACUAUAAUUACAAAAUCAAUUUUGUUAAGGCAAUUUACAUUUUAAAUAUAGAACAUCCACAUUUGUAGAAGGUUGUUGGAAAUCUAAAAUAUUUUAAAAUGACUGGAUAAGUCACAGAGUAAUUAUUUAAACUUACUCUUUAUACUUAGAACUUACUAGAACAAACUAAGUACUAGAGAUUUCUUGUUAGUUACAACUGCAUUUACAUGUCCUGUUCUUUAAAUUCCCACCUAAGCCCUAAUUUCCUAUCCCUCCAAAUGAUGUUACAUAACUUUACUGUUUAUAUGUAAAGAUACCUUGAUUGUUCUGGCUUCAUUCCCUCUAUAAAAUAUUUCAGCCAACACAUUUCCCAAAUUACUGAGGCUCGUAACAUGACAAAAGAAACACCUAUCCACUCUAGCAUUUUUCCUUUGUCCUUGUUUCAACUCUGCACUCUUAUUCCACGCAAGGCAAAAAAAUACUUAAUCUCAACUCCAAACAUACAAUUCCACCGAAGACAAAUUAUUGGAAAAAGGAAAGUGAAUAUAAGCAUGACAUAGCUGCUAGACUAUUAGCUUAGGCUACUAUUCUAACAAAUAUCACUAGUUGGCUGAAGGUAGAAAAUGAGCAUUUGCCAAUAACACUGCACAGUGAAAAUGAUCAGCAUUUCAUUAUAUGUAUUGUAAUUAUGAAGUAGGAAUAGCUACAGAAUUUAAUUUCAAAAGAAAAAAAUAUUAAAUACAAAUUGUCAAAUGAAGCAGUUAAGUUCUGCGCUUAGUCAAAUUAGUGUUAACUUACCCAGCUUGAGUAGGCCAUCAAUAUACGGAGACCAAGUUAAUAGAAAUGGCUGAGAACAAAAAACAAACUGACAUUGUAUAUAAUCAGAAAGGUUAACAUGCCUAAUCAGGUUAGAGAAUUUCCUGACAGUGGAAGGAAUAAAGUUAAAGUUUUAGAGAAACAUUUUCAUUUAUACAAAAAUUCAGUGUUUCAUUGCAACUAGCCAAUGAGUUGGGAGUACAGCGUAUGUGCAAUAAUAAAAUCAUUUUGCACUGAUAAUUUACAUUUUAAAAAGUUAUAUUGAUGUAUUUUGGAAAUAUACAUGACUUUAAAAUGACUGGAGUAGCCAGACAAUGGAAAAGUAAUAUUUAACCCAUAAAUAUGAAAGUGAACAGAAUAUGACAAUAUUAUAAGAAUAUUAUUACAUUUAGAUUUUAUUUGUAAAGCUUUAUUUUCAAAACUAAAUCCUAUAUACAUUAAAACCAUCUGUUUUGCCAAUUUAUAAAUAACCUCCUGUAGAAUAUACAUUAUUAUGUCACUGAUUAUAUUAAAUAUAAAUGGUCGUACAGAUUCUUGUCAAAUGCGGCACAAAACUGCUUUAUAAUAUUGUAUAAUGGGAGACAUUUUGCUUCUCUUUGUAUGGCAAUAAAAACAUCUUGACAGCUUCGAGUAACACAAUGCUCCCAUGUACUUUUAAAAUUUGUAAUCAAUGUGUAUACCGUAUUUUUAUAAAGAUGUUUUACUGAAAAUAAUUUCAGAACUAUAGAAAUAAUUCUGUUGUAUACUUGUGUAAUAUACUUAUGUAAGUAGUU